AUGCUGUCUCAUCCUCUCCUCUCUCUCCUCCAUCUCCUUCCCCUGUUAGGCCUAGCCACCUCAAGUCUACUGCCCCGCGGCAAAGACAUAGCAUUCGGCGACAAAUGGAAAAACCACAAUGAAAUCAUCGCGCUCCGUCCGCGUGCCGACGAGGACCUGCUCGGCGACAUUGAGCUCAAAUUCGCGCCCUUCCUAUAUUCAUGGCACGGCUGUAUCCCGUACCCUGCAGUCGAUGUCGACGGCAAUCAUGGGAGAGGCUUGAAGCCUACCGGUGACGCCGGCGGUGAUUGCCGCGACUUCAAGCAAUCCGGUCAAACAUACUCACGAGUCGGAAAAUCCCAUGAUAGAUGGGCGGUCUUAUACAGCUACUAUUUGCCCAAGGUCCAGGGGAAAGAAGAGCAGCAUCGACAUCACUGGCUGACUGUUGUCGUCUGGCUUGCUUUUGACACAUGCCCGGAUGAUGCCAGAGUUUUCUCUCGUCGUGGCGUGAGCUACUCUACCAGCCCCGGCAACUUCGACACCACCAGGUCCAACACCCUCUUCACCGAUGAUGAGUACGGCCUUGGGACUCACCCUAUCGUGGCGUACGAUGCUGGCCAACCCAUCUUCCCCUCCAGCUCAGGCCCGGACGGUGCUCUGAGACCCCCUCUGGUGGGCUGGCAGAGCCUCCCCGGUCUCGUCAAGGAGCAGUUCAAUGGCAUGCAGUACGAGCACACCAAAGUUCCCUUCAGCGAUAACAAUUUCCAGAACUUCCUGGAUGCCGCCUACUCCGACGUCUUUUACAAAGACGUGCCAACUGGCCAGGAAUGCGGAUCCGACGACCCGCCUCAGUCCGAAAUCGACCCGGACUUUGGUGAGGCCCUACCGACUUCCACAGCCCCGGUUGCGGAACCUACUGACGACGGUCUUCGCUGA